AAACAAAAACGGUUAUGCUUCCAGAUUUUGGUCAAAAACACGAUAUCUUCCACGUUUCCAAACACAUGUUGCAUGAUUUACUCUCAGCCAUUUCCAAACAACUACUCUCUCACAUUUUUGAGAUCCCCCUCUCUCUCUCGUCGAGGAAACCUGUCGUGGUUGUUGCUGCAUCGGUCGUCGAGGGGCUCUGCCGUGUUCGCUGCAGCAUCCACCGUGAAGAGUUAAAAACCCCCCAGAUCAUCAGAUCAAAUUAAUCGCGUGCUGGUUUUGCCUCACACUAAGAAGCUUGAUGGAUAAAUGCAGAAUCAUCAUAAGAUAAGGUGCACUUGGCGAACACCCUAGUUCCAAGCCGCCAAUGCUUUCUGCCCUCACCCUAUCUUAGUGCUAGCUACCUGCUGAGUUUCACUUCAGGGACCUCUUAAUCCAACCGAGUCAGAUCAGCCAUGACUUCUUCUUGCCCAGGAAUUGAUCCUCUUCCCCAUGAGUUCCGCUUCUUCAAGAUUAUCGUGGAUACUACUCUUCAAGAGGGAAAGAUUAUGAUUCCAAAGGAGUUCACUCGGAAAUAUGGUGGUAGAUUGUUAAACCCUCUGUUUCUCAAGGUUCCCGAUGGCAUUGAAUGGGAACUAUGUUGGACUAAAGACAGUACUGGUAAUGUUUGGUUGGAAAAGGGAUGGAAGGAAUUCGCCACUUAUUACUCCCUUGGCUACGGCCAUCUUGUGACGUUCACAUACCAACAAACAUGUACAUUAGAGGUACACAUAUACAAUACAAGUGCCGUACAAAUAAAUUAUCCCUCCAACAGUACUCAAAACAGUUCUAGUAAUGUUUUGUUUGGGGUAGCUCCAACAUCACCAUCUCUUCCUAGGCCUUCUAAGAAACCAAGGACACACCCAAGUAGAGUUGUUGGGCAAAGGUCCGGUUUACCUCAGCAUGUCCAAGUUAAAGCUGAUCUGCUUCAAGAGAAUAGUGGUGCAACCAGAUCUGAAACUCCUUCUUUUAUGGUUACCCUGAAGGAAACAAACGUGCAUGGAUAUAUUCUGGUCAUUCCGUCCAUCUUUACUAAAAAGUAUUUGAAGGAAACCGGCAAACAAGAUAUUCUCCUCCAAGUCUUGGAUGGGAGAACUUGGCACGUUACAUUGAAGAAUGGCAAAUUUUUCAAGGGAUGGAGGACUUUUGUAUCACAUAACUAUUUGAAUGUUGGAGAUGUUUGCAUUUUUGAGCUAACCGAGAGCAAAGCUCCAUGUUUUAAAGUGUCGAUAAUUCCAAUUUCACAAGAUAAAUGUUCGAGUUCACAAGAUAGAGAAUAUGUUGACUUUACGAAAAUCCAAGACUUGAGAUGUAUUAAUACUUUUUCCAUCAAAGCUAUGCAAGAAGCAGCAAAUUUCACGUCCGUAAAUCCUUUUUUCACGCUCAAUAUAAGGGCAAAUCAUAGGGGAGAUUUCAGACCGCGUGUACCACUUGAUUUUGUGGAAAAGUACUUCCACAAGAAACAGGUUGUGACGUUACAGUUUGGGAAUAAAUCAUGGCGGGUAAACCGGGUUGGUGCUGUUCCAACAAAGCUGUCUCAAGGUUGGAGCUCAUUUGCAAAAGAAUGUAAGUUGCAACCUGGAAAUGUUUGCGCCUUUGAGUUAAUAAACGAAGAAGAUUUAGUACUUGAUGUUCAUAUUUUUAGGGGACAAUCUUAGAAUUCAUUUGAAGCAUUUGUUGUAAAAUUGCCCGUUCAUUUUAAUUUUUAAUCCUCAAACUUCUAUACAGAACCUGAACACACUAUCAUGUUUGCAAUGCUAUUAUUAGGUUUGUGGACAGGGACAACGUGUAAACACUGCCAUGAAUAUGCGUACUUUGGUCCCCACAACUUAAUAGUUAAAUGUGUUCGUUAGUUUUGGUAGGUGGCUGAAGCUUUUUUCUACUGUGAAGUGUUACUAACAGACAAAGGUGCAGUAGCACAGAGGUCUUCCAAAUUAACAAAUAAAUAAACAAAUGAAUGAGACAGAUGCUGACAAUACAUACAUAUCAAAUUCCUAAAAUUAGCAAACUACCUACCUAGAAAACCUAACUAAAUUGCAAGAACUGGAAACUAAGAGCUAAAUCUGUAAUUGAAUGCAGAAGCAUGAAUCUAAUGUAGAAACAAUCAUGAAACAGUAAUUGGAACGGGAAUUUAGCAGCAGAAAUCAAAACUCAACAUUCAAACCAAAGAAAAACUGGUGCCCGGGAGAUAACGAGAAUUACUACCUAUGAGUAAUCUGGAACGAAACUGAAAUCAAAACUUUGGAAUGAGUUUCAAAUUACUAAAUUGCAUUGUUGAAAGUAAAAACAGGUUAGAAAGUAAGUGCUGGAAUUGAAAUCAAAUGUAGAACUGGAAAUUUAAAGAAAGCUUCUAAAGGCAGUAAAGAAAAGCAUGUAAAAGCUGUCUAACAAGAAAACAACUCUCAAUUGAUGUUCAUUAGGUUUUACUUUUGAUGGCCAAGGAUCAUUUCCGAUUCCUUGGUGUAUAGGCGGUUACUUUAUACUCACUAAGUCUCUCAGCACGAAUCCAUAAUUGAGUUUAGUAGGUUACAAAAGUAAAAGCCACAGGAUCAUCAACAGAAAAAUGAAUUCUGAUGUAGCAGUGAGAAAGCAUUGUAAAAGCAUCAAAUGUAAAUGUGCAAGAAAGUAAAAGACAAACCUAAAGGCAAAAGCAGUAGAGGAAUCUGUAGAAGUUUGCAAGAAAAGUAAAAUUGCAUGUAAACUAACUUGAAUUUGAUGUAGACUGGUGUGAAAGUACAAAGAUUCUGAAGCACCUGCAACCUAGCUCCUUUGGAGUCUAAGGCAGUAAGAGAACU